GAUAAUUGGCAGUAAACAACGCCCUAUCUGAAUUCUCAGCGGCACAGCCGAAAGCAGCAGCAUUAGCAACUCGCACCCAACAGCACAAACAUGGGGAAGAUCUACCAGGUCGUGGUGCACGGACUGAGGGGGGAGAAGAUGAUGAUCGACCUGUGCAACACAGAUGAGCAGUUUAAGAGCAUGACAGUGCUGCAGCUGAAGGAGAAGAUAGCAGAGAGGCUCCCCGAGACCGCAGGAGAGGAGGCUCUGCGGCUGAUCUUCACAGACAAGAUGCUGGAUGGAAACUCCGAGCUGCUGACUGGAUUUGGAAUCCAGCACCUGUCUGUCAUCCAAAUGGUGAUGAAGGUUCCUGGAGGGUUGACAGCUUGACAGAGACGACUAUCUCCUCCUGCUGCUUUUUACACAUUUUAAAGCUUUAGGCUACUGUAUAUGCUGUUUUAUGCAAUACUCAUUUGAUAUUCCCAUGUUUUAAGCUGUUGCUGUUGUACAAAUAAAGUUCUGCCUAAUGCCUUG